UCUUAUAAAAAAUGGCGACUGUUGCUUGACAAAGCGUAAAAAGAUGAGAGUUGCUCAACUUUUUGCUUGGCUUCGCGUCGAAAACUUACUUCAUACAAAAGCGUAUAUCGAACUUUUCUGUCAAAACCAAUGACGCAAAGAGAAGCAAAACUUCUAUGUGAAUUGCCCAUUCGCGUGGAAACUAAGACAUAAACACCGUGCACCCGGUUAUAUUUGUCAACCGGCCUUAAGAAACUCAUAGAAACAUUAACAGAAAUCUGUAGUAGUAGUAUCUCUUCGAUAAUUAACCAGUAAUUUAACCGAUAGAUGGCUGCCGAGGGAAUAAGCAACACCAAAAGAGACGUCGCCAACAGUUGAAACUGAGCAACAAAAUUUUUUUUAUGUAAACAUACAAACUUGCCAGCACUUAAUCGAAAUUUUUCUAUUUACUACUGAACAACUGUCACUAUUUCCUUGCAACACUGCGUUGGAAUUUCACACAAAGAAAGAAAAGGAAUAAAAAAAACGGCAGGAAAACCCACAUUCGUCAUUUUUCUGCUUUUGGCAGACGGUAAUUUUUUCGUUGCAAUAUUUUUUAGUUAAUAGCCGGGGAUACCUCAAAAUUUAGUAUUUGCAUGAAUAAACUUAAUAGUGAGCAUUUAUUGUUCGUAGAUUGCGUGCAAACAAAGGAGAAAAUAUAAUCCGGGAACGUUAAAUAGGUAACCAAGCGUGAAGAUAUGGCAGAAAUGGAGUUGCGUACACGUUCUAAAUCAAGCCUUGCACGGGGUUGUUUAAACGCUUUCUCAAUAUAUUUGGUCAUAUUUUCAACAUUUACUGCGUUCACAUCCCUAAUGGCACAUGUUGACGAAUUGGAUUUAGAUGAAGAUUUAGUUACACAAACCAAUCCAUUGAUGGAGUUAAAUGAGGAUAAUUGGCAAUUAAUGCUAAGCGGCGAAUGGAUGGUGGAAUUCUUUGCUCCAUGGUGCCCCGCCUGUAAAAACCUCGCGCCAACAUGGGAACGCUUUGCUAAAACCGCAAAGGAUCUACGUGUAAGUGUGGCCAAGAUUGACGUAACCACAUCUCCUUCCUUAAGUGGACGUUUCUUUGUUACCGCUCUGCCAACCAUUUAUCACGUCAAAGAAGGCGAAUUCCGUCAAUAUCGGGGAUCACGCGAUGGCGACGCUUUAAUGUUGUUCCUUAAACAAAAGCAAUGGCAAAAAAUCGAACCAAUUUCAGCAUGGAAGAAACCUGACACCAUACACAUGUCUAUACUAUCGUAUUUCUUUAAAUUAUCGCACACUUUAAAGGAUUUCAAUGUACGUCUCCAGGAAGAAUACGGUCUACCAACUUGGGGUUCAUACGCGCUCUUCGCCAUCGGUACGAUAUUCGUUGGCGCCGGUCUGGGCUUGUUACUCGUUUGUGUUGUCGACUUUUUAUAUCCACCAAAGAAAUCGCAACGUCAAAGCUUCUCCGAAUUCAAAGAAAAAUCUGCUGGCUCAGAUGGCAUAGAAGACUUAGCUGCUGAUGAAAUUGAGGAUGAAAACGAUUUAGCUGAUGAGCAGGAUGAUGAUGAAGAUGACGACGACGACGACGAAGACAACAAUGAAGAACAAGAUGAGAAUGUCGAUGCGGCUGGUGUAGAGGAAGAUGAUGCACCUGGCACUUCGGAUGGUGAGAAAAACUCAAACGCUAGUGAAUCAGAAGAGCCCGAAAGUGAGAAGGACAUCAAGAAAUCGGCUGGCGAUGGCAAUACACAGACACAGGUAUUCAUUGAAAAAGAGAAGAAGGAAACGAGCAGCACUAGUCCGGCUGAGGUGCGUAAACGCAAACCACGAAAAGUUGAUUAAGAUUCGCAGAAUCGAAAACUUAAAAACAAAAAUUGAAUAAAAAAUAAUGCGUUUUUAAAUAUACAAAUAUUCACAUAAAAUUUAGUUAGCGUACAGAGUUUGAACUCUGCUCUUAUUUUGCGCACGCCUCCUUUUUGGCUAUAUGUUUUUUUAUAUUUUGUUUAGUUAUUCAAUUUGUGUAUUUUGCUGUAUUAAAGGAAUAUUUCGUGCAUCGAAUGAAAUAGGUGAACUUAUAAGUAAUUACAUUGAAAGCAUCUGUUUUAUUAAAAAAAAAAAUAGCACGAGAUAACUGAUUAGCCCACACAAAACAUAACUGUAUAUCACAUUGGUGUAUUACUGAAUUGAAUUUUAAUUAUGAAACUUAUACAAAUUACAAAUACAAACUAAUAUUGCUAAAUACAACAACGCACAAAUGUUAAUUGCAGUUUUUGAACAUAAAUGUUAUUGGCUUCAACUAACUCUAUAACACUCAUUUGUUGCUUUUAGUGUUUGUUUGAAAUUGUGCGAAAAAAUACAAAUUUGCCUUAUUUAACUGGAAAGCAAAGGAGCGAUCUAAACAUUUGCAAACGAAACAUUUUAAAAUAAUGUUUUUUUAAUUUUUGUACUAAUUUUCUUUUAGCAGACGGUGGAGUGAAAAGGAAAUAUAUAAAAGCGUGUGCAAAUUGUACACUAAUUAAAUUUAAAAACAACAUAAUAUGAGAUAUUCUAAACUAUAACAAAAAAAAAAAAA